UGGAGGAGGACGGUCGUCGCCCCGCUCCCCGCACCUCUCACUCACUCGCUCCCCCACAACAUCGUCUCUCUGUUUCACCACCAGAGACCUCGAGGCUGUCAUCUCUCUGUGCUGACAUAAUAUUACAAGUAUUACCUGGUAGAUUCCGAGGUGCUACAGUGGAUAGUUAAAAGUGUGUGUGUGUGUGUGUUCUUUACAGAGAGAAAGAGAGAGUGAAUCGAUUUAUGGGAAAUAGUGUGAUACGAAGAACUGGAUGACUUUGUGCAAUGCAAAGGUGAAAAGACCAAGUUUCAACCUUGCCGUGUGGAGUGAUCGCCAGGGCUAUCAGGCUAGGCUACUCCUUCACACAUUCACAUCCCGCGGCGCCGAAGGAAAGAAGGGAAAAAACCAUUCCUAUCAUCCACUGAGGAAUAAAAAAAAACCCACCAUCAGCACCGAGUCGUCAGCCAGUCAGCCGGAAUCAAAAGGCAAAACCAUCUUCAGGACGUCGGCAGCAGGAGGACGGGAAGGCAUUCUAACCUCUUCCCUAAAUCGGCCGACGGCAUACCGAUCAGGCGUCCCCGGAAUACCUCAUGAUUAAAAGUAAAAUGCGUCGUCACUCGGGUUGCUUCAAGUUCCGGGAGUGUCAGACCACCACCAUAGCAGCAGAAGCAGCAGCGGCAGCAGGAGGGAGCAGAUCAGCGGAGCAGGACUAGUGGAGCGGCUGCCUCACAGAGAUGACCAGAGAUUAGUGGUACAAGUAGAGGAUAGCAGCAUGGUGGCCCGCUCCCCCUGCUGGUGCUGGUGUAGGUUGUUGUGGUCGACGGUGCUGGCUGGGGCGCCGCCUUGGGCCUUGUCUGGUGGCGGUGUCCUGGGGGCGACUAGUGGAGGAACCCCGGGGGCCCUCACAUCCCUGGGAGCCCUAGGUUCGGGGCCCUUGGAUGCUGUAGUUGGUCCUCGACUUAUGACCCGCCUGGUGGAGACGGAGGCGGUGCAGAGGGUGGCGGCGGCAAGGGAGAGAGAGUGUUGUGGCCUUGUGGAUCCCACCACCACGCCCCUCACCCUACACUGGCUCACACGCCCUCCUCGCCACGCCUCCUCUUCCUCCACCCCACGACACGCCCAUCACCACGCCCCCCGCGCCGUCUGUAACGACAACUCUCCUGCCGGGUUUUACUUCCGACAGUCAGAGAUGAGUCGUCGCUGGAUCGUCUUCCUCGAGGGUGGGUGGUAUUGUUUCGACCGUGAGAGCUGUGAGCAAAGAUGGAGACGCCUACGACCACUCAUGACUUCUAGAGGCUGGCCCGAUACCCGGCACGUUGGGGGCAUCCUGUCCCCACACCCUGAGGAGAACCCCCAUUGGUGGACAGCUAAUCAUGUGUUUGUGCCGUACUGCUCAUCAGACUCAUGGUCAGGGACACGUCGAGCUGAGGAUGGGUCAGGGGAGUUCUCCUUCAUGGGCAGCGUGAUCCUGGAGGAGGUGGUGAAGGCUCUUGUCUCUCUCAACUUCACUCAUGGACACAAACUCAUCUUGGCGGGCAGCAGUGCAGGUGGUGUAGGGGUGCUGGUGAACGUGGACCAUGUAGCACGUCAGCUGGAGCACCUGGGCAUACUGGCAGAGGUACGUGCUGUGUCAGACUCUGGCUGGUUCCUCGACAAUGAACCAUUCGCUCCUCUCAAGUGUGUAGAUGCUCACAGCUGCCCACCGGUGGAGGCUAUCAGGCGGGGGCAGGAACUGUGGCAGGGAAGGAUACCCGACCACUGCAGGGACGAAUACCCACGUCAUCCAUGGUAUUGCUACUUCGGCUAUCGGCUCUACCCAACUUUGAAGUCACCCCUAUUCGUGUUCCAGUGGAUGUUUGACGAGGCUCAGAUGACAGCAGAUAAUGUGGGUAAACCCAACUCCAAGGAGCAAUGGGAUUAUAUUCAUGGUAUUGGAGAACGACUUAGGAAAACGUUUGAGAAUGUCACGGCACUGUUUGCUCCUUCCUGCAUAUCCCACACAGUCCUCACCAAGAGAAAUUGGGCAAGUGUUAAGAUAGGGGAAGUGUCACUUCCUCAAGCCCUCUACUGCUGGGACAUCACACCCUCUGAUGUUCUCGCCGCCAAGACUUCAAGAGGCAGAGGGAAUAACAUACGUGGUGUUGAUGGUGGCAGGAAAAAACAGACCACGGUUCAGCACCACCGCCAGCGACAACAGCGUACAAAUAAAAAGCGAGACAGAGGGAAUCAAAGAGAAGGAAAUGGUGAACGACGGAGAACUAAUAACCAGGGAGACAGUGAGAGAAGGAGACACGGCCGGCGAAGGGGUAAAAAAAGGAAGUCUCAGGCAUCAAGUAGGGAACGUAGUGGUGACAGUGUACAGAGUAGUCCCUUGGUGCUUGAGAGUCCUCAGCACAGAGUGAACGGUAGUGGUAACAGUAGUUAUGAAACUAGUGUUGACACAAUUCAGUCUCAGGAAACAAUCAGACAAAAUAUUCUCAGUGGAGAGAUGCUCGCUGACUCACCAAAGAAUAGUUUGCGAGUUUCCUCAAACCCAGGAUCUCCUUAUUUGGUUGAGUCAAAUUCCAUUGACACACCUCAGGAAAAUGUUCAAAUAAUGCAAGCACAACAAAGAACACAAAGACCAAAUAAAGGCAACAGUGAAACCUCCAGGAAAGGUAGGAGACAGAAAAGAAAGAGAAGAAGAAAGGACAGAGAAAGAAAAAAGAGAAAAAGAGAAAGGAGACGCAAGAGACGUGAAAGGCGAAGAAAACGUCUGGAGAGGAAGAAAAGAAGGGAGAGAGAGAGAGAGAAAGGACAGGGAAGAAGGGGGACAUCUCAGAGACGGCAGCCCACAACACGAGAGGGUCUGGAUGAGAGACAAGGCUUAGCUGAUACUGGAGAGAUUUUCGUAGAUGGAAUCAGAACAGCACGUUCACUCUUCCUUCUUCAUUCCAAGGAGACGAGUCUUCAUCACCUCCAACCUGUCACUACCACAGUUUCUUCUGUCCAUCUCUCCUCCUCUUCUCAGUCUUCCUCUGUCUCCCCUAAUUCAUUCCCUGUCACUACAAAACCAGACAAGUGGACGAGUGAUGCAGAUCUGCUACUUCCAGAAGAUGAGCGGUCAGAGGAUAUGUGUCCGACCCACACGCUGCACCUGACAGAUCGCUGUGCCUGGCCACACUGUAACCACGCUUGUCCAAAGUUGCUGAAUCCUUUUACAGGUGAAGAAAUGAACUUCACAGAACUGCUAAAGAGCUUUGGACUUGACAUGGCAAGUGUAGCCAAUGCACUUGGGAUCGACAUCCAUACGCUUAACUCCAUGGGAAACAACGAACUCCUCCUCAUUCUUACACAGUAACCUCUGUACUGCAUCCCAGUGUGAAAUUUUGAACCUAUUGAAGAACAUCGUCCAUGAAAUGCUGUAUUUAUGUUUGGAUGGUAUGACUAAAAGCUCAGGCAGUAUUAUGUGUUUUGAAAGGUAUGUGCUGUACAGACUGUAUCUUGAAGAAGUUGUAGUAGAUUAUUGUAUAUGUUGAAGUACUGUAUGCACAUACUGUACAGUGUACAAGUCAUGUCACCAUAAUAGUCUAGUGAAGACCUUGGUUUAUCAGAUAAUGUUUUGGUAUUUAGAGCUUCAGUUUUAUAGUCCUGUGUUUUACAGUGCAGUAGAGAGCCAGUGACCACACCCAUCACAGUACUGUACGUACUGGAAGUUUUGUCUGAAAUACAUGUAGUUUGUCUCUCUCUCUCCUACAUCACCAGCUCUUCACUCAACACAAAGUCUGUCAUCACACUUUCUUCUGAAUGCUGUACUGCAUAUUGUUCCUGCAUAAACAUUCGUUUGAUAAAUAAUCAUCCACACUAAGAGUCUGACUAACAACUCAACAACUCGUCAUAACUGAACAGGGAAGGUCAUCACUGCUGGUCAUAUACAUGUAACCCCCUUGUGUACAAGAGUCUCUCUCUGCUGAAUAAAAUCAUCUGGCAUUAGCAAAACAAUACUGUAUAUUAAAAGUGGUCUCCCUAAAGUGAAGGGGAUAAUUUGCUUUGUCACUUAAUCACAUGUUUACAACAGCUCAGGCUUAAAGUGUUCUCCAUUUGUUGUUACGCUGGAUUGAAGUUCCUCCCAAUUGUACAGUUGUGUUUAUUCUCAUCUCUAGUUUUGAUGUUUUACAAGUUCAAAUAUUAAGGAGCUCUGGUAUAAAUGCUCAUCAGGCAGGUGUGUCAUCUAAUGGUUUCUUUGUUUAAAGAUAGAAUUUAUACAUACAUUUGAGUAAUGACAAUAGGAAUGAAUUCACACGUCGUUCACACAUAUAGCUUGGUAUGAGGCAGUUUAAUUUACACUCAGAAAAUAGAGGAAUUUUAAUUAUAAAUUAUUAUACUUUUUUUCCUAUCCACAAAAAUGAUAAGAUAGUAUAAGAAAUACCCAUACUUCUUGAGGUCCUGCAGUGUAUCUGUAUACUGUACAGGGUAUGUGAUAUUGUUUAACCCCAGGGCUCUUAUGUUGAUGCAGUCCUCUCGAUUAGUUACCUCAGAUAUACUAUGCAGUAAUUUUGUAUGAGUUAGUAGAAGGCAGUCCGUGAACUAUAAAGCAUCAGCUUAUGAAAAUUCGAAGUUACAAAAUAGAAAAAUGUCCCAUGCUUUAAUUUAUGAAUGAAAACCCCUAAGUUACAAAAAAAAUUUUUAUUUUUUUUUGCUAUUUUCGUAAUAUUUUUUAAGUAAUAAUGAAAAUACUGUAUACUAAAAUAAUAUAUAUAUAUUUUUUACAACCAUCAUGCUUUCUUAUUUCACUAACAUUUUUCAUUAUUCUCAGACACUCGUAAUGUUAUUAGUUUAUAAAUAAGCGUUUAGUGUCAUAAAUCUCCUACAGUAUCCUUUUAUCUUCCUCCUCAAACUCAUUCAAGACAAGAACUGUAGCCUCCAUCCCCACCACCACACAGUCACUCAAGACAAGAACUGUAGCCUCCAUCUCCACCACCACACAGUCACUCAAGACAAGACCUGUAGCCUCCAUCUCCACCACACACAGUCACUCAAGACAAGACCUGUGGCUUCCUAUCUCCACUACCACACAGUCACUCAAGACAAGACCUGUGGCUUCUUAUCUCCACUACCACACAGUCACUCAAGACAAGACCUGUGGCUUCUUAUCUCCACCACCACACAGUCACUCAAGACAAGACCUGUGGCUUCCUAUCUCCACCAUUUACACACAGUCACUUGGCCUGUUGCCUGAUGGUCCAAUUUCUCUUCAUUUUCUCUCAUAUAAUACUUGGGAAAUUUAAUAAAAUGAAAAUAAUUAGCUAUGUACUCUUAAAUUUCAUGUGCUAAUUAUGUACAAUGAAUGUGUAGAGUUGUAAGCAAAAGUGUGGAAUUUCGAAGUGAAAAUUUUUUUGGAGGUGUGGAUAUUGCUGGCAUGAGAAAGUGACUGUAGCUGAGACAAGGCAGAUGCCUGGUGACUGGUUGACAAUCAUUGUGGUGGUCUGUGUGCUGAUUGUUCCAAGAGUUCACAACUCUCACUCCAAAAAAGUUCGUCCUCACGGUUUUCUUGACUUGCAGCUUCUUCAACCUUGAGCUGUGACCCCUUGUG